GUUAUUUCCUGGUACGAAAAGGGUGCGUUUGUUGCAAGUUUUAUCUUUUUAAAAGCUGAACUAUUACGAUGUGCAACGGCUGCGUGCAUAAACAGUAUCCAGACAGGGGUAACACAUGUCUGGAGAAUGGCUCGUACCUGAUGAACUACCAGGGCUGUGCUAACUGUCAUCAGAGAGAUUUUGUGCUCAUCAGCAACAAGAGCACGGAGGAUGAGGAUGGAGAGGAGAUAGUCACAUACGACCACAUCUGCAAAAACUGUGAGCAUGUGAUCGCCCGGCAUGAGUACACGUUCUCUGUAGUGGAGGAAUAUCAGGAGUACACCAUGUUGUGCCUGCUGUGUGGGAAAGCAGAGGACUCGAUCAGUGUGCUGCCAGAUGACCCCCGGCAAUCGGCUCUUUUCUAAACCUGCAAAACACCUACUACAACAACCUACUAUAUAUCUAUAUAUUUUUUAGACUAAAGCUAGAACAGUGAUGUGCAGUCAGGGGAGGCAGGUGGGCCAUAUGGGGCGACAGUAACUCAGUUGGUAGAGUGUUUGUCCACUGAUCCGAAGGUUGGCGGUUCAAAUCCUGCUCUCAACAUAAACAUCAUUGGUUGAGUGGUCAGAUCCACUGAUCCAUAGGUUGGCAGUGCGAUUCUAACACAGAUGAAUGCUGUCAUUGUGUCCUUGGGCAAGACACUUAACCCACCUUGCCCUCAGUGUCUGCGUACACUGGUGUGUGAAUGGGUGAGUGGUUCCUUGUUGUAAAGUGCUUUGAGUGCCUUGAAGGUAGAAAAGCGCUAUAGAAAAAUGUGACCAUUUACUAUACCUCAUCUAUUAUCACAGAGAAAAAAAAAUGAAAUGGUCAAGUUUAGCAAUCCGUUCACUUUUUUCUUCUUGUCUGCCCCUACUUUUUAAAUGGAGGAAUAUUGCAUAUUAAAGCUCAAGCAGUUUUCUAAACUUGACUUUCGGCUGAAGCAGGAGGUUAUAAUUAAAGGGAGAACAAGACUGGAGCUAAAGGGUUUGCUCCAGACUAUGGGACAAAAGACUGUGGGCGACAGUGGCUCAGUGGUUAGAGUGUUGGUCCCCCAACCCGAAGGUUGGAGGAUCGAGUCUGGCUCAGACCAAGUUCUGUCGUUGUGUCCUUAGGCAAGACACUUCACCCACAUUGCCUAGUAUGAAAGUGGUGUGUGCGUGAAUGAUAGGUGGUGGUCGGAGGGGCCGAUGGCGUCAGUCUGCCCCAGGGCAGCUGUGGCUACAAUAGUAGCUUACCAUCACCAAGUGUGGAAAUGAAUAAUGACUGUAGUGUAGAGCUUUGAGAGGCUUUGAAAAAGUGCAUUAUUUACUCACGCAGAGUGGUAUGAAAUGGUAACAAAUGUAAUGACUUCAAUCCAUUGAAAAUUGGGGAACUAGAAUAAGGAUAAAAAACACAAAAGCAGCUUGCUUUUUAUUUCAUACUAUUUGAGCCAUUUCAUACAGACUUCGGAAUUUUUUUUUUUUGCUGUUCUUUUUUAUUCUGGCCCCAAAUCACUUACUAGAAGAGAUAUUGGCCCAGGGCCAAAUUUACUUGCCUUCACGUGGUUUACAUGUUUGUAAAUCUGAUUGUGAUGACAUCACUGCACGUCACUGUGCUAGAACUACAAUAAAGGCUCUUAUGAAAACUCACUCCCAAGCAUGAUUUGUGCUACUACAUUUUUAUUAAAUAUUCCCACAAAUGGCCUCACAGAGUGAAGGCUGUGGGUUUGACUCCUGAGCAGGCCGUUCUUUGCAUGUUCUCUCUGUGUCUGGGUGGCUUUCCUCCAGGGACUCCAGUUUUGCAGUUGAUACUUUGCAGCCAAUUUCCUCAAAAUUCCUUGGAGGUGUGAUGCUAACUCUAGGCAUGUUCUGUCUGAGGCUUUAUUUUGACACAGUCUGACCACAAACAACUGACUUAGUGCAAACAGUUUAAAAUGUUCUAUUUUAUACAUUUUUAAGACUGGAAAAAUUAAGUACAGCGCCUAUAAGAAUACUGUCUCACACUUUACUGAUGGCAAAUGUUGAAAUAAAAACUGGAUUUGGAGGAAAGAACCACACAACCGAAGUGGUCUAAAUGAUGUAUUUUCAGAAGCAGUUAAUAAAAAUACAGAUGCCUCGCCUGGUUUGUACAAAUGAAGAAAUAACCAAACAAUAAAAAUCAUAGUGGUGACAUCAUGC